CAGGGCCGCACACCCACACAGGUGUGAGUCCGCCCAACCGCAGCGGCGCCGUGUGCUCCGCCAAAUGCGUGUGUGUGGGUAGGAGCUAAUUGGGCGGCAAACGCGCGGCAGGCACCGCAAUGCCGCAAUGUUCCCGUCGUCGUUGUUGUCAUCGCCAGUGAGGAGGUGCUCAGCCAGCCAGCCCGGGCCAGCCAUCCAGAGCCGAGUUGGUCUCGAAAAAAAAUAGCAUUUCGUAUCAUCACUUACCGCUAAAGGUUGCGCGCUCGAGAAUCGCUCCACGGAUGGCACUAAAAAUCACCGCAACCAAACCCUAAAUAAAAGACAUAGUUUUGCCAAAUCUACAAUUAUUUGGUAAUUUGCGCGCCAAUUGAUAAGAAAUAAGUGCAAGUGAUAAUAUUUUGAAAAAAACAACAAACCUAGAAAAAGAACCCAAACACAACAGAACAGAAAUCUAGUGAUAAAAACCCAAUCUAAGAUAAAACGUUGGAGGAGCCUAUUUUAAAGAAAAGUUCUAUUGAUGGUCUGCAAAACUAUCACAACGAGUGUGAAAAUGCAGAUGAAGAUGGAAACGCAGACACCGCAGCAGCAGCAGCAACAGCAGCAGCAGCAACAGCAAUUGCAACAGCACCAGCCGGUCCUCACUAAGCAACAACUCCAAUUGCUGGACAAGAUCAAGCUGGAGAACAGCAACGGUGCCGAGCAGCUAGCAGCACAGUCAUCUAGCUCCCUGGAGGAGCAACAGGAGCAGCAGCAACAGCAACCUGCAACAUCCGUGGGUGUGGUGGUCCAAACGAGCCAGGCAGGAGUUAGCGAAUCGGAGGAGCAAUACGUGGUGGUGCCACGAAUCCAGAGACGGAUUCUAACCACAGCGGGUACACUGGAGGUGAACGAGUCCCGGGAAGGAGAGCUUACCAACGCCAGCAACGCGAGUUCAGGAUCGGCGCCAGAAAGCCACAUUGAGUACCAGCGCUCCUCACACCACUCCCCAGGCGGAGCCACCCACUACGUUCAGAUGGCGCCACGCAAUUCCGAGGUGCCCGACCAGGGACCCACUCCUGGAGGACCUCCGCCGGGCACUUUAUACGCCUAUCCCUCGGGACAGAUACUGUGCAAUGGCGAGGACGGGACGACCAUUAAAAUCGAGACAAUUGAGAAGGGCGAGGUGUCUGGCGAGCCGCAGCAACAGCAGCUCCAGCAACACCAGCAGCAACAGCAAUGCCCCACGCCUAAUGGCGGAAGCUAUGGCGAUACCAUAGUCAUGAGCAGCGAGGCGGAGGCACUACAGCACCAUCACCACCAGCAACAGCAGCAACACCAGCACCAACACCAGGCGGCACAAGCAGCAGCGGCGGCGGCAGCAGCAGUCCAUAUUGCAACAAGCUCCCAUGGCGGAACCGUGCGAUUCGUGACCGAUGACGGACGCUUCGCCACCGCCGGGCCGGAGACCUCCAGCUCGAGCCUCUACUACGAUGCGCCGGUGGUCGAAGGAAGUGUCCAUGCCAACGAGUCCAAGACGUACGCGGACCUGGGCAACGCCUACGCCCCCUUCCCGUCCAGCUCCAGUUUCAGCAGCAACAGCUACGCGGCCACCUUGCCGCAAUCGAACACCAUCUACAGCGUGCCGGCCACCGGCCAGUUCCUGGCCAAGUCCGAGACGGGUCUGAAUUCGUUGCGCCAGGCGGGACCGGCAGCCUUCCAGACGAUAUCCUUCCCCGACGGCGGCAACGCCAUCGAGACCCUGUGGACUGCUCCGCCCGAGUACCAGAAUGUGUCCUUCACCAAUUUUCAUCCGCAGGUUAUUGAUGAGUACCCGUCCGGGAAUAUGACCACCACCCACUGGACUCCCGCCGGCAGCAUUGGCCAAUACGAUCCCAGUCUGGUGUCGGGUUCUGCCACAUCAUCGCCAAACCACGAGCUCAAGUGCGAGAACUGCCACUCGCCGUACGUGCGGAAGGGCAGCGACUACUUCUGCCCCAGCUGCACGAGCUUCAUGCGGCUCCCGGCGCGGAUCCCCCAGAGGCAGGCCAAGCCGAAGGCGGCUGCCGCUCCCAACAAUCGGCGGAACGGGGUGACUUGCGCCAACUGCCAGACCAACUCCACGACUCUGUGGAGGCGCAACAACGAGGGCAAUCCUGUGUGCAACGCCUGCGGACUGUACUUCAAGCUGCACAACAUGAACCGACCGCUCUCCAUGAAGAAAGAGGGCAUCCAGAAGCGGAAACGCAAGCCCAAGAACAAUGGAGGCGCCCCCAUGCACCGUGCUCCAUUGCCAAGCAUGGCGCAAGGAGUCAACCUGAUGGCGAACAGUCCCCUGUAUCCCUCCCAGGUGCCGGUGAGCAUGUUGCAGAAUAGCCAGCAGAAUGCCAGUCCGGAGCUGCACGACAUGUCCACGACGGGAGCGGCGGGUAACCAGCGGGUGGUGGCCAUUUCGAUGAACUCCUCGGCUCCGCCCACCUCCGAUGGCACGCUGAACAUGUCCGCCCGUCACCAUGUGACCGGGGAGAGCCACUCGCCGUACAGCCAGCAGUCGACGCCGGCCCAGAGUCAGUCCCCCCAUCUGCCCAGCCCAGUGACAAUAAACCGCCAGAUAGUCCAGCCAGUUCCUGCCAUUGAGAGCGGUCGCAGCUCCAACAGCGAGCUCACUCCCAGUGUAAUCACACGAACUGGCCUCCCCGAGCGGUCAUCGAAUAACUAAGCUAGCCCCGAAGAAGAAUUCAAACUAAAUUAAUCUAAACUUAAACCAAAAUGUCAAGAUUGCCAAAAUAUUUAUUUAAGCUCUAGCUCGUAAGAUAUGUCCCAGUUUGGAGGAUGCAGACUUGAAAAGUUUCCAGGACCAGAAGAGUUCCAGGUCCCGACAUUAAACUCGUCUUCCUCCCCCACCACCUUUAGUCAGCAAAUAUAGUUUGAUUGGUGCCAACCACUUAGGAUCGCUUCGAUUUCAAGUACUUUAGAGGUAGUUUAGCUAAAAAAGAAGAGGAAAACACCGAGCCCAUAAAGAGGCCUACGAUUUUGUACGUUUAAGCGUCUUUUUUUAGAUUCUACAAAAUAAAUAAGUUGUAAACGCAAACACACA